UGCAUGACUUUUUGUAUGCAGCUGAGCCUCCCUCUGUUGAUUAUGAAACGUAUGUGUUUGUUUGCCAGUGAAUGCAGCAGUCUAAAGACAAAUGAAACAACACUUCUAGAGGAAAGACAGAGAGACAGAGCCUGACUGGGAAAACUCUAAGCCGCUCUCCUGGCCCUACUGAAGCCUUUCUUGUCUCACUUUCCCAUCUGGCUUGCUUAGCUUGGCUACACGUUUGGAGAGAGCGACACAAUGGCUGGCGAAUACAAGCUCUUGCUCGAAGGUGCCAAAGAGUUAGUACUGGUCUGCACCCAAGGUGAGAAAUACCUCCUGGAGGCUGGCAUGCAACAUCUGGCGGUGCUGGAAAACGCCAGUGUGGUGAUUGGCAAAGAUGGCUAUAUAAAGGCAGCUGGUGAUGCAAAGAUAAUUCGCAAUCAAUUUUCAGGAGCAUCUUUUGAAAAAACAAUUGAUUGUUCAGGAAAGUGCAUUUUACCAGGUCUGGUGGAUGCACACACACAUCCUGUAUGGGCUGGUGAUAGGGUCCAUGAGUUUUCAAUGAAGUUGGCAGGAGCUUCCUAUAUGGAUAUUCAUCAAGUUGGAGGGGGAAUACAUUUCACCGUGAGGCAUACUCAGGAAGCCCCCGAAGAUGAGCUCUUCCAGCGUUUCAAACAGCGACUGCUGCGGAUGAUGAGAGCUGGCACUACUUUGGUUGAAUGCAAAAGUGGAUAUGGCUUGAAUCUUGAAACAGAGAUCAAGAUGCUCCGAGUGAUUGAGCGAGCCAGGAGGGAACUGGACAUUGGUAUUUCGUCCACUUACUGUGGUGCCCACUCUGUUCCCAAGGGUAAAACGGCCACUGAAGCGGCUGAUGACAUUAUCAACUUCCACCUCCCUAAGCUGAAGGAGCUUGAACUUAAUGGAGAAAUACAUGUUGACAAUAUCGAUGUUUUCUGCGAGAAGGGUGUCUUUGAUCUGAAUUCCACCAGAAGAAUUCUGCAGGCUGGGAAAGAUAUGGGAUUACAGAUUAACUUCCAUGGGGAUGAACUGCAUCCAAUGCAUAGUGCUGAGCUUGGAGCAGAACUGGGAGCAAAAGCUGUAAGCCACUUAGAAGAAAUUAGCAAUGAAGGUAUUACUGCAAUGGCCAGGGCAAAGUGUGCAGCUGUCCUGUUACCAACCACUGCCUAUAUUCUGAGAUUAAAACAACCUCAAGCUAGAAAAAUGUUAGAAGAAGGAGUGAUUGUUGCUCUAGGCAGUGAUUUUAACCCCAACGCUUAUUGCUGUUCCAUGCCCAUGGUAAUGCAUUUGGCCUGUGUAAACAUGAAGAUGUCAAUGAAAGAAGCUUUAGCAGCUGCCACUAUCAAUGCGGCUUAUGCUCUUGGAAAAUCGCACUCGCAUGGCUCCAUAGAAAUUGGUAAACAAGGAGAUCUCUUCAUCAUAAACUCACCCAGAUGGGAACAUAUGAUCUACCAGUUUGGUGGCCAUCAAGAGGUGGUUGAAUAUGUUAUUGUAAAAGGAAAUGUUGUUUAUAAAAAUAACAGCACUUUGGACUUCUAAAUACUUCCUGUUGCCAGAAGCUCUAAUGGACACAUAGACAAACAACCCUGAAUUUCAUGCCUAUAUAAAAGCUGUAUGUAGUACCCUGUUUCCCUGAAAAUAAGACAUCCCCGAAAAAUAAGACCUAGUAGAAGUUUUGCUGAAUUGCUAAAUAUAAGGCCUCCCCUGAAAGUAAGACCUAGCAAAGUUUUUGUUUGGAAGCGUGCCCACUGAACAGAACACCAGAGCAUGCAGGAUUGGUAAAUGUACAUACUAUAGUGUGUUGUAAAUGGAAAUAAUGGUAGUAACAAGAAAUUCUUGAUAGGAUUCACAGUUUGUCUGGUUAUACUGGUUUGUGAUGACAACUACUGUACAGUAUAUAAUAAAUGUUCUUUUUUUUUUGUUCAACAAUAAAUGUGAAUUCUUCUUCAUGGAAAAAUUAGACAUCCCCUGAAAAUAAGACCUAGCACAUCCUUGGGAGCAAAAAUUAAUAUAAGACACUGUCUUAUUUUCGGGGAAACACGGUAUAUGUGCUUGCUAUAAAUAAAGCUCUAGGUUUUUCCUAGCUGUGAGCUUCCUUUUUCUUGUAUUCUUGCAUGUGAAAAGCCUUUAAUCAUCUUCCUGACACUUUCAGGGCAAGCUGUGAAAUCAACAUUUAUAUGUAUGAAAAUCCAGCUCUAGUUUUUCCUGUUAAGGUGAUUGUUUAUAUCCGUUUUGAUAUAGAAAAUCAUUAUUGCUAUAUAAUUGCUAUAUAGAGCCUGGCUUUAGCACAGCAGGUUAACCACCAGCUGCAGUAAAUCUUGCCAACCAAAAGGUUGACAGUUCAAAGCCUGGGUCGAGUGAGCUCCUGGCCUUUAGCCCAGCUUCUGCCUACCUAGUAGUUUGAAAGCAAAAUGUGAGUAAAUAAAUAGGUACCGCUUAAAAGUAGGGAUUUAGUAAGGCACCCAUAAGGAAAUGCCAGAAAAAUGCCGGCGAUUCAAUCAAGGAUGAAGUUUAUGAACAAAAAGCUGUGGCAGAGACAUGGAGCAACCCCCCAUCCCUGUCCCCAUGGCUGGAACCGAGCACAAGCCUCCAAGAUGCUGAAGAUGGGAAAAAGCCUAUAUAUACCUCUUAUCUAUGUACAACUGUCUGUCUUGUCAAUGUAUAAACGGCAUUGAAUGUUUGCCAUAUAUGUGUGUUCUGUGAUCUGCCCUGAGUCCCUUUCAGGGUGAAAAGGGUGGAAUAUAAAUACUAUAAAUAAAUAAAUAUCCCCCCCCCCCAAAAAAAAAAACCCCACAAAAAACAAUUUGCUGAAGAUCCUAGUAUAACUUCAGGAUUUCUCAUAAGGCAGGGUAUAACUAUGAUUCAAACUACUUCCAUGGAUAUAAAUAAAGGAUAUGCCUAAGAAGGUUGCAAGCUUGUGUUUACUGUGAAUAGCAGCUCCCAGCCCACAAUACGGCAAAAUCACUUCCCCAGAAAACUUCAUUUUGAGCUAUGUUUGGGGCAGCAUCUUUAACGUGAGAGCUAAAUUUAGUUUCAGAUACAUUUUCAGGGGUUACAGUGAAUGGAGCAAAAGAGCGAGACCCAAAGUACCGGUAUACUGUAGCUUAAACCUUUUAAUACCCGUGGGUGAGACAUUUAUGGGAGGCAUUUUAAUGAUAGGAAACCAUCAAACUAUUAUCAUGAAAUGUUUAAUCUGGAGAAGUCCAAGAGAUUGGAUUGGGACACAAUAUUCUGACUGAUGCUCAAAGUCUUUGACACGAGGGUCCAGAGUAGACACUUUAGCAAAUUCAAAGUUUUGCAGCUGGACUGUUCACCAGGGCUGGUAACAAGGAACAUAUUACUCCCUUUCUGAAAUAGCUUCACUGGUUAUCAAUCUGUUUCUGGGCAUCUUUCAGAAUACUGGUUUUGACCUAUGCAACUUAGAUCCAAAGUAUUUGAAAGUCUGUGUCUCCCCAUAUAAGUCUGUCCAAACCUUUCCAUCUUUGUGCCAGAACUUUCUCUCCAUCCCUCUGAUGCUUGGAUGCUGGGGACGCAGGAUAGAGCCUUCUCAGUAGCUGCUCCUAGGAACUUCCUCCUGACAGAGAUUCAAUUUGUCCCCUCUCUGUUGUCCUUUUGCCAGUAGGCAAAGAUCCCAGUGUUUAAACAAGCCUUCAAUCUUGACUGAUCAGAGUGGAGUGAGGUGUAACUGGACAUGCUGCUUUUAAUAUGCAUAGUGUAUUUUAAGUUUUCUCAAUGUUAAUCUUCUAAAAAUAUCAUUUUAAUUAAAGAUGCUGUUUAAUGCUUUUUGAACUUUUGUAUUUCAUACUGUUUAAACUCUCUGUUUCAAAUUAUGCUGUAAGCAGUUUUGAAUCCUAUUCAGAAGAAAAGCGGAGAAAUAAAUAAACAAAUAAUGCA